AUGCAUAUAAAACGUCAUACGGAAAUGUUAAAACGUGUUCUAAUACCCGUUUUUAUUUUAUUAGCACUUGGUAUACCAUGGGCUAACAUUAUGCCUAUAGCUAUUAUUCUACUAACACCAAAUAUAAAAGCAGCAACUGGAAGAAGAAGAAGACGAAAGGUCGCUUCAGUAACUGUAUUGGCCACACGGCUACCUGAAGAAUCGUCGUAUUGUCACACUGGUCGACGCUAG